AUGCCGUCGUCCCACGACGCCGACGACAGCGAAAAAGCCGUCGCCUUUGGCAUCGAGUCGUCCACCCCGGAUGCCAUGCGCAGAAGUGACUCGCACCUUGACACAACCCUCCAGGAUGCCAGGAUCGCCACCGAAAAGGAGCACUCCAUGUCUCUGUGGCAGGGCCUGAGACAGUAUCCAAAGGCCAUUGGGUGGUCCGUCCUCUUCUCCAGCGCCAUCAUCAUGGAGGGCUACGACGUGGUCCUCAUGGGAUCCUUCUUUGCCCUGCCCACGUUCAACAAGAAGUUUGGCAGUCUCCAGCCCGACGGCAGCUACUCCCUCAGCGCCGGGUGGCAGGCCGGCCUGGCCAACGGCAUGAACGUGGGCCAGAUCCUCGGGCUCUUCGCCAACGGCGUCUGCGUCGAGCGCUUCGGCUACAAAAAGACGAUGCUGCUGUCGCUGGCGCUCCUGCUGGCCUUCAACUUCAUCCUGUUCCUGGCCCAGAACCUGGCGACGCUGGCGGUUGGCCAGGUCCUCCUCGGCAUUCCGCUGGGCGCCUUUCAGACCGUCACCGUGUCCUACGCCUCCGAGGUCUGCCCCGUCGUCCUGCGAGCGUACCUGACCACGUACGUCAACCUGUGCUGGGUCAUGGGCCAGCUGCUCGCGUCGGGGAUCCUGCGCGGCUUCGUGGGGAGGACGGACGAGUGGGGGUUCCGCAUCCCGCUGGCCCUCCAGUGGGCGUGGCCCCUGCCCAUCGUCGUCGGCGUCUUCCUGGCGCCCGAGAGCCCCUGGUGGCUGAUCCGCCAAGGCCGCGAGGCGGACGCGGCGGCGGCGCUGGACAGGCUGUCGGGGGCGCGGCGGGGGGACAGCUGCAGCAGCACCGAGGAGACGAUUGCCAUGAUGACGCACACCAACGAGCUCGAGAAGGAGACGCAGCAGGGAACCAGUUACCUGGACUGCUUCAGGGGCAGCAACCUGCGCCGCACCGAGGUCGUGUGCCUCACGUGGGUCGCGCAGAACCUGUGCGGGUCCGGGCUGAUGGGCUACUCGACCUACUUCUACGUCCAGGCCGGGCUCUCGCGGGACAGCUCCUUCAACAUGACGCUCGGGCAGUACAGCCUGGGCGUGGCGGGCACCGUCCUGUCGUGGGUUCUGAUGACGCACCUGGGCCGACGCACGCUCUACGUGGGGGGGCUGGCGGCGCUCUGCCUGCUCCUGCUCGUCGUGGGCUUCACCUCGCUGGCCGGCGAGGCCAACGCGGCGGCGGCGUGGGCCACGGGCUCCAUGCUGCUGGCGUACACGUUUGUCUACGACUGCACCGUGGGGCCCGUGUGCUACUCCCUGGUGUCGGAGCUGUCGUCGACGCGGCUGCGCACCAAGACGAUUGUGCUGGCCAGGAACGCCUUCAACGUGUUUGCCAUCAUCAACGGCAUCAUCAUCCCGUACAUGCUGAACCCGACGGCGUGGAACUGGCGGGGGAACACGGGCUUCUUCUGGGCGGGCUGCUGCGGCCUGUGCGUCGUCUGGGCGUUCCUGCGGCUGCCCGAGCCCAAGGGCCGCACGUACGGCGAGCUCGAGGUCCUGUUCAAGCAAGGGGUGCCUGCGCGCAAGUUCAAGUCGACGGCCGUCGACGUCUUUGACGAUGCCCCUCUGGCCGAGAAGCAUGCGAAGGAGUGA